AGUACCGAUAAACACCUCGCGAUAAGUGUGAACAUUAAAUAUUUCUUUAUUUUCGAGUUGAUAAGGAUUUCCAAUUAGAGUUUUUAAGGUUGCUUCGACUUGUAUUAAGUGUUAUUGAAUAAAAUGACUUCAAAAGUAGAAACUGUGUUGGGGCCGGUGCCGAUAAGUGUCUUGGGUCGAACUUUAACCCACGAGCAUCUAGCGAUGACCUUCACCCACUUCUACAGAGAGCCACCAAAGCAAAUUGUCGAUGUAUUCGAGAACCCCUUUUGUCUGGAAAAAUCUGGAUUUCUAAGACAAUUCCCUUACAGUUCUAAGGGUAAUUUGGUAUUGAAUGAUCAGGCCGCGAAGGAGGCAGUUGUAAAUGAUGUUAUAGCGUACAAGAAGUUCGGUGGAGGUACAAUAGUGGAAAAUUCGACGGUCGGUCUUGAUCGGGAUGUAAACUUUUACAAGUUGGUAUCGGAAAAGAGCGACGUAAACAUAGUCGCGGGCACCGGCUUCUAUGUCGAGGACGUUCAAGCUAAGGCCAACCUUAGCAAAACAACGGAACAAAUGUAUCAUCACAUGCUGACUGAACUCACAACAGGGUUUCUUGAGGAACCUAGUGUGAAGGCUGGGUUCAUGGGAGAAAUAGCCAGUGUUUGGCCAUUAAGAGAGUUUGAACGUAGAGCCAUCGUAGCUGCCGGUGAGCUGCAGCCGCAAGUCGGCUGCGGUGUCAGUUUCCAUCCUCACCGCGCCAUCGAAGCUCCAUUUGAAAUCAUUCGUCUGUACCUUGAGGCCGGAGGAAGCAAGGAUAAAGUUGUCAUGUCGCAUUUAGACCGAACCCUACUUGAAGACGACAAAUUACUAGAAUUCUCUGAGCUCGGUACUUACUGCCAGUUCGAUCUGUUUGGCGUGGAAGUCUCAUUCUACCAGUUAAACCCGGCGGCUGACAUGCCAUCAGACGGGCAGCGGAUUGAUAAAAUCAAAUUGUUGAUCGACGAUGGGAAAUCUGAUAAAGUGUUAAUGUCCCACGACAUUCACACUAAACAUAGAUUGACGGCAUUCGGUGGCCACGGCUACGCUCACAUCAUAAACACAGUGCUGCCGAAAAUGGCGCUCAAAGGAAUAUCUCAAGAUACCAUAGACAGGAUUACUAUAGACAAUCCAGCAAGAUGGUUGGCCACUAACAUUUAGGAGUUUCUCAUUGGGAAACAAUUUUAAACAAUAUUUUACACAAAUUGACGGUAACUACUUGUAUAGACUUGAAUCGUUAAAUGCCAAAGUAGAAUAUCAAUAUACUGACAUAAUAAAUUAUAACUUUGUUCAAAA